UGUGACGGCCGUGGCACCGCCAGUCAGCAGAGAGCCAGCGAUGGUGGCACUCCCUGCGCCGCGCCGCCGGGAGGGAGGAGUGUUGUGGUGUUGUACCGAGUCCUGCAGGGGAGCCACGUGAGGAUCUGCCACUCCCCCGACCCCACACGCCCCCACACCUACCACCCGCCGUCCCGUUACUCCAAGCGGGUGUCUGGGGGCGCCACGAGAAGUGCUUGAAAAAUAAGAAUUAGCUGUCAUCGAGUGGUCAGUGUCGAGACCCUUGCCGGAUGCGCCGUGUGUGUGUCUCGGCGGCCCUGUGCACCUCGUGAACGUGUGUGUGUGUGUGUGUGUGUGUGUGUGUGUGUGUGCAUCUCGGAAAGUGUACUCUAUGUGAGGGGAGAUACGAACUUACAUACAGGAGCCAGAGGACACGCACGUAAGAAAAGGGUCGGGCCGUGAGCGGCGGGGCCCGUGACGACCAUGACUCCGGACACAACGAGGAAGAAAAUAGAUGUAGGCCUCGACGAGCGCGUGGCGCUGUGAAAGAUGUGACCUGGCCAGCCCAGGCAGACUUGUGAGGCUGGAACAGUGACCGGCCAGCCCAGGUGCAUCUGUUGCUCCCUCAUUAAAGCAGCCACACGGAGACUCACGCCUCGCACGCGCCGUGUCUCGAGGCCAGCCCGCAAUGGGCGACUCUAGCCGCAGCCCCACCCCGGAGGCUGGCGGCGGCGGCGACGGGGAGUGCCUGCACAGUGACAGAAAUGGGCGGGCGGGCAGCCCCGGCGAAGAGUUCCCUAGAUCUCCCAGCCCGCGCUACCGCCGCUACUCAGACUCCACGCCCACCCGCAGCCCUUCACCCCUGCUGCUGGCGGACGGCUAUGACGAGCUGGAGACGCGCUCCUCCAGGAAGACCAAGUCUGUCUCCUUCCACUCGCACACCAACUGGAAGAGCGACCGCAAGAUCCAGAGUGCGUAUGAUUGCCUGCAGUACAUGAUCGAGGGGUCCAGCAUGGUGAAGCUCAGAGCCAACAGUCGCCAGUACCACCGCUUCUUUCGCCUCCUGGACGAUCUCUCCGCUAUUCGUUGGACUCCCACCACUAAAAAGACCAGCAAGGCGCAGCUCAUGAUCGAACAAAUUAAGGAGAUACGCACUGGUCGGAACUGUGAAUCACUGCGCAACAAGGAUUUCCCGGUGAGUUACAACGAGGAGCGCAUCUUCAGCAUUUUGUACGGGGACUCCUACGAGAGCCUGGACCUCAUUGCUCACAACCCCGAAGAGGCUUCCAUCUGGGUAACGGGUCUCAACGCCCUCAUCGGAGCCUCCAAAGCCACCCCGGACGCCGUGGAGGACAGGCAGACGCUCCGGGAGAUGUGGCUGAAGGAGAUGUUUGAGAAGGCCUCUAAAAACAACUCUGGAGGCUUCAUUGACCAAACCACCUGCAUCAAGCUUAUUAAGAGACUCGACUCCCACGUGGCGCUCGUCAGGGUGCGCCAAAAACUACAGGAGUAUGACAUGGGCAAGACAGAUGGAUGUCGAGGAAGGAUUGACAGCCAAGAAUUCAUCGACAUGUUUAAAGAAAUUGCAACGAGACCUGAGAUUUACUUCCUCUUAAUAAGAUACGCCAACAAGGACUACCUGACACUUGAAGACUUCCACUUGUUCCUCGAGGGAGAGCAAGGGAUGGCUGGGCUGACGACAGAGAAGGUGAUUGAAACUAUUGAGAAAUACGAACCGGCGCCCGAAGCAAGGAAGAAUAGACAGAUGCUGAUAGACGGCUUCACUCGCUAUCUUAUGAGUGAGGAGUGUGAUCUGUUUGACCCCGCCCACCGCGUUGUGUGUCAGGAUAUGGCCCAACCUCUCGUCCACUACUUCGUGUCCACCAGCCACAACACCUACCUGCUGGAGGACCAACUCAAGGGCCCCUCCAGCGUCGACGGCUACAUCAGGGUCCUCGCGUGUGGCUGUCGCUGUGUUAAAGUGGACGUGUGGGACGGGCAGGAGGAGCCUCUUGUGUACCACGGCAACACCCUCACCUCCAAGAUCCCCUUCAGAGAGGUCAUCCAUGCCAUCGCCACCUACUCCUUUGACUUCUCCGUUUACCCGGUGGUGGUGCAUUUGGAGAACCACUGUAGCGUGAAGCAGCAGAAGGUAAUGGCCCGCCUGCUGAAGUCCCUGCUUGGCUCUUACCUCUACGUGCACCCGCCUGACUCGCCGAAGCCCCUCACGGAACUCUCGCCGGAAGACCUCAAGUACAAGAUUAUCCUGAAGGGCAAGAAGUUGGCGCGGGAGGACCAGGAUGAAGGUGAGGUUAGCGAGGAGGACGAAGGCGGGGAGACCAAGAGGAAUACCAACCCCAAGAAGAUCAAGUUGUGUAAGGAACUCUCGUCCCUCAUCUCCCUCCAACGCUCCCGCUUCACUGACCUCAACACGGCGAGAAACAAGCAAGACGUGAGCGAGAUGUGUAGUCUGAGCGAGUCCACCUCCAACAAGCUGGCCCACACGUGCCCCGAGGAGCUGGUCAACCACAACAAGAAGUUCCUCACUCGUGUCUAUCCUAACUCCUCCAGGGUAGACUCUUCCAACUACAACCCGCAGGACUUCUGGAACGCGGGCUGCCAGAUGGUGGCCCUGAACUUCCAGACACCAGGCCAAUUUAUGGAUGUGUAUGAGGGUCGCUUCAGGGCUAACGGGGGCUGUGGGUACCUGCUCAAGCCAGCUGUCAUGAGAGAACACAUCUCAGUCUUCUCGGCACACUCCAGGGAGAUAAUACCAGGGGUGGCGCCACAGCUGCUGAAGAUCAAGGUGAUCAGCGGGCAGUGUCUUCCCAAGCCACGCGGAUCCACAGCCACCAAGGCGAGCUUCAUUGAUCCGUAUGUGGUGAUCCAAGUGUUUGGUAUCCCAGCAGACUGUACUGAGGCCAAGACACGAACAGUGAGCAACGACAGCAGCUUCCCGAUCUUUGACGAGAGCUUUGAGUUCCAAAUCAACCUGCCGGAGCUUGCACUGGUACGCUUUGUGGUGCUGGAUGAUGACUUCAUUGGCGACGACUUUGUGGGCCAGUGCACCAUUCCCCUCGACUGCAUCCAGACUGGGUACCGGCACAUGCGUCUCCUGUCCAGCAUGGGGGAGCCUAUUGAGUCCGCCACUCUCUUUGUCCACGUGUCCAUCUCCAACAAGAAGGGUGGAGGGAAGCUACAGCGGGUGAAGGGCAAGAAGACAGACAAGGUGAAGGCGGACAUCAAGCCUAUCGGACUCAAGGUGGCUGAUGAUUUGUUCAAGGAGGCCUCAGUGCCGCUGGUGGAGGCAGAGUGUGUGCAGGACAAGGUGGAGGAUGCCUGGAUGGAGCUGCAGGAUGAGUGUGGCCUUGAACACACAGCCAACAUGAAGCAGUGUCUCCGUGUCACUAUCUCCCGCUACAUGGCCACUCCCGACACAGCUCGGCUCUCUAUACAGGAGGAGAAUGGGGUUCCAUUCUUGAGAAGCUCCCGGCCUGUUCCCCUGCCCUCACACCUGCACCGCUUGGAGAUAGCACUGCAGAAGGUGCUACUGGAGAUCCACCACUUCCUGGCCCACGAGGAGGAGCUUGUGUCUGCGUUGGAGUCGUGCCUCAAACCAUGCCUGGCCAUGUAUGAUAGCCUGGAGUCCCACCUCAGCUCCAACGGCAUCAAGGGCAAGAAGGCAAACCGGGCCAUGGAGAACUAUGCCUGGAAUGUGCGCAUCAUCAGAGGACAGCUGGACCGCCUCACCACCCUCACGAAGAAGUGCAGGAUGGCCAUGGAGCAGGUGGAGUCAACGAAGACCACCCUGGACAGCCUUAACCAGCGGGAACGGUCGCCUUUGGUGCGGGAACGGCCGAGACUCACCCUGGCCAACAGACACAACACCACGGACAACCUGACAACAUAUGGCAGCCUGGGCCGCUCCCCCACCACACCCGGCGCCGACUGUAAGCCAAAGAGCAUCCUGAAAAAGAGCAAUUCCAACCUGGAGUCAAGCAGCGUCGGGAUGGCAGAAAAUGUGAAGGGAUUUUUGGCCUCAAAAUGAUCCUGACCAGUCUUCUUCACUCAUCAGGCUGCUUGUGUCCAUCCUGAGUGAAUCCUCUGAGAAAGAGAGAGAGAGAGAGAGAGAGAGAGAGAGAGAGAGAGAGAGAGAGCAAUAGUUACAUCUACAGAAGGGCUAUUCUCUACACACAGCAAGAUACAAAUGUAGUUACUGUGGCACCAUUAGCUCUGGGUGGUGUGUCUGAGUGGAGUAAAGACACCAACUCACUUCACCUCACUUCAUCUCAUCUUGCUUGAGACUGAAGUGAAGGUCAGGUCAGGUCAGGUCAGGUCAUCUUACAAAACCGUCUGUCACUUCUUGUGUUGGUAUUAUUUUCCUACAACUCCUCAAUUUAUCAAGUCUUCAAAUGCUACUUCUAGGUUUUUUCUUCUUUGCAAUUUAAUGUAUAAGUUUUGUUCUGUAUUUAUUUUUAUCAUUUUGUGGUUUAAACAUUGCAUCAUACAAUAUUUUAACAUCCUUUUUAUAGUCAGUGCAUCAGUGUUCUUUACAUUAGUUCUUUUUAUCAUUAUUCUUAUGUACAUCUGUAUUUAUAUCAUUAUCUUGGUUUAAAAACUCUAUUAUGCAACAUUCCAACACCCUUUCUUACAAUUAAUGCAUGUUUUUUUUUUCUUUAUUACUUUUCUUUAUUGUUUUGAUACUCAGGAAGUGCAGAGUAUGAUAUUUAAACAUUCUAUGACAGAGUCUACUAUAUUUGAAAAGACAUAUCCUUAGUAGGUUACUCAGUACUUCAGUUUAGAGCACCACAUAUAUACACUUCAAAGUACGUGUGCAAGUUGUGUCUCUAAAGCCAGUCAGUGAAUGAUGGGUUAGCCUCAGUUCAUUCAUGUCAUGCAUUUCAGAAGUCAUGCAUGGCUAUGAUUCAAGGGGAAAUAAGUGAAGUCUGAAAUGAUCCACUCCUAUUAGAUUAUGCUGUGUCUUCAAGCUAUGCCAAGGGGAAAUCAAGGGUAGGUUGCUCAGAAAUUAUCUUCACAAUCUACCUGGGAACCUUGGAACAUUAAACAUUUGCCAAGAGUCAAGUUAUCCAUGUAUGAGGCUGGACUGGAAAGAUAAUGCUGGCUUAGUCUAAAACCUUUCCCCUCUAUCUGAACCCAGUGAUGAAGAAAUGAGGUAAAGCCUUGGUAGAAGAUUCAGUUAGGUAGGAAAGAGUGCUGGAAUGGAAAACAAUGAUGGUUUGGUCUGAAAAUGUUUUCGUUCAAUGAGAGACCACUGUGAUGAUAAAUAUUUAAAAACAGCCUUGUAGUGAAUCUUAAGUAACCGAAUGACAGAUCUGGAGUGGCAAAUAAUGAUAGGUCUCUUAUCAGAGACUGAUGUAACAUUUAACAUUUGCACACAGUCUUGU